UGAGGUUUCAACUCUUUCGAAAAUUUGUGUUCCUACACCCGAACAUGGCAAAUAUGAUCCCUUUAGUCAUACUUCAGGCUGCAAUUUCCUUCAGUUUUCUCCCUGGAAGCUACUCAGCCAGCAAUCUGAUAGAAACAACAUGCAAACAGACACCCUUUUUUGAUCUCUGCGUCUCAUCUCUGCAGUCUGACCCUCGGAGUUCUAAUGCAGAUGUGGCUGGACUAGCUCACAUAGCAGCUGAUAAUGUCAAUGUUAAAGCCACUGCAAACCUGCAGCAGAUUACAGGAUUGCUUGGAGGUGCCACAGAUCCUGAGUUGCAGAAGGCCUUGCAAGGCUGUGUUGAUAAAUACAACGCCAUUAUUCAGGCUGAUAUCCCAGUAGCCAUCGAGGCGAUUCUCAAAGGUAAUCCGAAAUUUGCUGUCAGUCGUGCAACUGAUGCUGCCAACGAAGCUCAGAGUUGUGAGAAGGGGUUUGCAAACCCACCCAAGUCGCCAAUCUCUGAUAGCAACAAGGUUGUGAAUCAGCUCUCUCUUGUGCUUCAAUCCAUUGCCUCAUUGUUACUCUGAGCCCUGAUCUAGCUUGUCCAUGUUGCAAAACCUAUACUGAUGAUUGGUUCUCUUUACUAUCAAAUGAUCUUCAAUAAACACAUUUCUGAAUCACAUCGAUGGUUUUUCCUAUUC